AGAAUGUACUAGGCGCAACUAUUCUCAACUUCAAUUUUGACUGUUCGAAAAAAUUGAUAGACUUUAUUACCUCAUUGGAAUAAGGAUCGUUAUUAACACACCACAGCCGGACUCGUAAACCCGAAAAAAAAUAUAUUAAAAAAGGGACCCUAAACCCAUUAAGUUUUUCAUACAUACUACGUAUAUUACGUUCUUUCGAAAAUGCCCAUUAUUUUUUAUUUAUUUUUUGUUAUUUUAACGUUUAUAUUAAAGACCAAUUGUAUUUGUAUUUUUCAAACUGUCGUGAAAUAUUUCAUUGAGCAUUACGGGGCUCAAAUCUCUUUUUAAUUCAUAACAGGCACUUUGAGCCCUUAAAUGCGUAAGGGAAAGAUUUAACGACAUUUUAAAAAUUUCAGACUUUACAAGGAGCUGUAUGAAAAACCACUCACGCUUGACUGGGUGGCAAGAGUUGUUUUUCUCAUACAACUCCUUCUCAUUCUCGGCGGCCGUUGCAAUCACUACUUUUGAGGUAUACGGCUGAAAAUUUACAGGUUACCUAAUUUUAAUAUGCUCUUUGAGCUCGAGCUAACAAAAUUUUUCAAAAGCGAACUGUUUUCGCGUUUACUGAAAGUUGAUCACGUGAUCAACUAAUGCAAAAGGCCUAUUGUUACAUAUAAGUUCUUAUUGGAAUAGAUAUUAGUAUUAGGAUCGAGAGCCACUGGCUUUUAGAGUUGAUCUACUGUUAAUUGUUACUCUCGUUAAAUGAACUAAGAAGUUAAGCAAAAUUUAACUUUUCUUGGCUUUUCAUUGUUGUUUGUUAUUUUGUUUUUUUUUGGUUGCAGUUCCUCCCGAAAUACUUGCGCGGGGUCUUGCAGCGGUGGAAGCCUACAACGAGGCCCUUUUAAGUGGAAAAACCGUUCUCAAAAGGCUUCCGUUAAUGCUUAUUGGUCAGGACCAAGCAGGAAAGACCAGUUUAAAGAAAUCUUUGAGAGGAAUAGCUUUCGAUCCGGAGCAAGACAGCACUGAUGGAAUAGAUGUGGAUCCUUCUUUCUUCAACGUGUGUACAGAGACAUGGAGGACUGGAGAACAGAAUGAAGGGCAAAAUUCAGAUAAAGAGAUUUCUUUUGAACAUCAAACAGCACUACGUAUUGUAGAUAGUCUGAAAAAGGAAAGGAAAAGUACCAAAGUACACACAGUCACAGAGAAGGAGUCAAGUCUCUUCGAUUCUGAUAGUGCUAACGUAGAAACGGACACGCGAAACACUAAGUCAUCAACAGUAGGAGAAAACCCUCAGAAAUCUAGAUAUCCACCCCCUACCACUAGUAUUAACGUACCCAGUGUUGCCCCUGAUCCGAAAGAAUCAAAUCCCGUAGGGAACGUUUCAGCUUUAGAUGUUCCUGACGAGGUGGCAUCUGUGGCUGAAACAUUACUCCAAACUGCCAGGAAGGAUAAUGAAGACGACGUUUAUUCAACUUUCUGGGAUUUCGCUGGUCAGUCUGUUUACUAUGUGACACAUCCACUAUUCCUUACGAAGAAAGCCAUAUACUUCUUGGUGUACGAUCUGAGCUUAAAUCCACACGAUGAAGCUAAGCCUUUGGUGAAGAGUGGAGUAUACAAGAAGACUCUGGAAAGCUUCAGUAGUCUAAAGACCAAUUUAGAUUAUCUGGAGUUUUGGAUGAAGUCCAUUGCGUCUCUAUCCAGUCAGGGGAAAUGUCUGAGCUCGGAAUUGCUACCAGAGAAGCUUCCUCCAGUUUUCUUGGUAUGCACUCACGCUGAUACACCUUACUGCGGCCGUGAUCCCAAAGACCUUACCAUCGAAAUAUUUGGUUUACUAAAAAAUAAACCAUUCGGUUGCCACCUGCAUGACGUGCCGUUCUUUGUAGAUAACACACGUUUGCGAAACAACAAUUCUGAGUGCUCACAAGUCCAGCUCUUGCGGAAGGAAUUAGUUUCCGUCGCCAAAGAGCUACCGCUAACACACGACACCAUUCCAAUCAAGUGGCUAAAAUUUGAGAAGGCGCUUCAAGUAGCAAAGAAAAGUGGACACAAGACCAUUACUCUGGAGACAGCAAAAGACAUUGCAAAAGCGUGUGAUAUUGAUGAAGACAAAGAGAUCAAGACCCUGAUGGACUAUUUGCACGACCUAAGAAGUUUAAUCCAUUUUGACGACAACGCAGACCUUAAUAAGUUGGUGGUUUUAGAUCCUCAGUGGUUGGUUGACGUGUUCAAGACAGUGAUAACUGUCAAACCGUAUGAUCCGUAUGAUCGUAAAGAAAAGAAGGUCGUAAGCUCAUGGUGUAAGCUUGAGAAGGAAGGAAUUCUAGAUGAAACGCUUUUGGCACAUGCGUGGGGUCCCUUGUUUGACAACCACGACGAAGAAACAUAUCAGGUUCUUAUAGAAAUAAUGAUGAAAUUUAGUUUGCUGUGCCCAUGGCCUUCAGGUGGUAAAAACAAGAGUUAUCUUGUCCCAUCAAUGCUGAGAUCACAUCCACCAGAGGAGGUUCUUGGGCUGGUUAAAAAGGCAAAAGUUCCUCCUCUUUUUGUCAAAUUUUUAAACGGCCAGGUACCUCCAGAUUUGUUUCCUCGUCUAGUUGUGCAGUUCUGUCAGUGGGUAAAAGACGAAUGCAAGAUAUUAGAACAGCCUCAGUUGUUCCACGAGUUUGCACGACUUAUUACAUCUAAAGAUGGCGACUCGGUUAUCCUUAUGUGCCACUCCUCAGUCGUUGAAGUUGUAGUUCUUGGAGAUGAUGACAGUCACAAAUUGGCAGAACGUCUGUCAGCAAACAUGACAUUAUCAACAGACGUCCAGGCUGAAACCACUAAGUUAAUCUGUCCUAGCGAUGUUCAAAGGCAACUAGUUUCGAUACUUGAACGCAUGCACAAUGAAUCUCGCUGGCAACGAGAUAUGAGUUACGAAAUCAGUUUCCUAUGUCCAGUCUGCUCUCCUGAAGGUGUUGUUAGCCACUGUCAAAAUCAUGGUACUGAAAAAUGCAAAGAAGAAGAGUGUCUGCACUUCCUGUGUGAGUCAGAGCUGCGCAGUGCCAAAGAAAUAAUAGUUUGCCCCAAGGCUUCUUUUGCUCCGAACCUUAGAGUGCAAGUGAAGCUGUUUGAACCUUGGUUUGCUUCUUCAACAGAGCAGGUAUGUAAAUAGCGUAAGACAUGUUUCGAUCUUACCAAGGACCAUCUUCAGCUACAAAUGAACGUUGCCGAAUUACUGUUACUUAACACGAACGCCCAAAAAACGCGAUAACCGCGUCAGUACAGGAACAGUAGAAUUUAUAAUUACAGCAGUGCUUAUAACAAAAUCGUCUUCGCUAACUCUAAUGCUAUGCAAAUUCGUAAUUUUCAUGGACACUUUGUCAAGCGUGUUCACGACUUUCUAUCUCUUUUAGUUUCUGUUUAUCAUUUAAAAUCUGUCUUUGUACUGACUCAUGAACACUGUAAUUAUCUCCGUGUUUAACGCUGCAGUAAACAUUCCGAACAUGAGCAGUAAUGAAACUGUUGAGUUAGCGGGAAGUAACGUUUCCGCAACAGAAUUGAAAAAUAAACGCCCUUUUUCAGCAUUGAAGUCAGUUGGAGCUUGGAAGCACAGAUGCAAAAGUCCUGGAACUUUUAGAAAUUUUACCCUCUGCACGGCAAUGUUUCUUUUUGUACUAACAGGAAGACAAAGGGUUAAGGGUACGGCAGGUCUGUGGUUUUAAGUUUCUAAACCAGUGUUCCUCACCUUUCCAUACGCCAGGUUUUACAACACAGAUUUGCUCUUGCGUUCAUGCCAUUGAAAUGGAAAACAAAAAUAAUUAGGAACUAACAACUAUCUGUGAUUAUAGUUACCGAAAUCUUUGGGUUUUUUUCAGGGUUCGCGCCUCCCCAGAUCAGAUGGCACAACAAAAGAAGCGGGACUCCGAAGUAUUCCACAAAAUUGUGCGACAGAGUUAAACAUCACUCUGUUGGCGAGUGAGUGGAGUUCAUCCAUGGGUGGCUUGUCAACCUUAAACAGAAAGCUUGCAUUUUUUCUAGCGAAGCAGCCUCAAGUCAAUGUCACUCUCCUUGUUCCUCAAAACGCUUGUUCUGAAGAAGAUAAGAAGAGCGCGUCACAGUCAAAUGUCACCAUUCAGGAAGCAAAGAAGCGUCCAGGCUAUGAUGAUCCCCUAGACUGGUUGUGCUCUCCACCAAAAAGCCUUUCAAUCGAUGUCAUUGUGGGCCAUGGUGCCAAGCUAGGCAAACAAGCCCAAUUUAUUACCGAGUCUCAUAGUUGUAAGUGGGUGCAAAUGGUGCACACUGCACCUGAAGAACUUGGAAUGUACAAGGAGUAUCCUGGGGCAGUUGCUAAAGGUGAAAUGAAGAAUACAGUUGAAGUAGAUUUGUGCCAACUGGCAGAUCUCGUUGUUGCUGUUGGGGCUAAGUUAAAGGAUGCCUAUUCAUCCUACCUUCGGUAUUAUCAGAAAACCCAGGAUCUCAUUCAACUGAUUCCGGGUGUAUUCGACGAGUACAAAACAGUAAAGCAAGAAUCCCAGGAAGGGAAGACGUUUAAGGUUUUAACCUUUGGCCGCGGUGAUCCUGAAGACUUCAACCUCAAGGGAUACGACAUUGCUCCGAAAGCACUAGCUGAACUAGAGGACAACUCCUAUUGUUUGGUUUUUGUUGGUACACCCAAAGGGAAACAGGAUGAAGUCACGAACCGUUUGCUCGAGUAUGGAAUCCCUAAAGAUCAGCUUAUUGUAAGGGAGUUCAUUCAAAGUAAAGAAAGGCUGAAAGCACUGUUUUGUGAGGUUGACCUUGCCAUCAUGCCUUCCAGAACAGAGGGCUUUGGAUUGACAGGUCUUGAAGCAUUGUCCGCUGGUCUUCCCAUUCUAGUAAGUGGCAAUUCAGGAUUCGGACUUGCAUUACGUACUCUUCCACAGGGGCAUUCAUUCGUUGUGGAAUCCAAAAACCCUAAUGACUGGGCAAAGGCAAUAGCCUCUGUUCGUCAGAAAGAAAGGGCAAAGCGUCUUCAAGAAAUCCAAUCCUUGCGAACAAGUUAUGAAGAGACGUACAAUUGGGAGAAACAGUGUACAUCUCUUAUCAAGAAACUUUUGAGUUUGACUAAAGGUGAGCUUUCACUCUAUUUAUUUUAUCAACUGUUACGAAAGAAAUGA